CAAUGGCCCAACCCAAAACCAAAAUUGCACUAACUUGAAGCCAAGAUUUUAUUUCAGGUCUUAUCUAGGUGAUAAAAAAAAAAUUAUUCUUCAUUUAAUUAAUUAUGAUUUGAUUCUUUUUAGUAUGAGAGGGAAGAUUGCUAUAUACUGCGGCCAGAACGAGAACGAAGGCACCCUAGCGGAGACCUGUGCCAGAGGGAAUUAUGACUUCGUGAACAUAGCAUUUCUUCCCACAUUUGGCAAUGGCCAGACUCCCAUUAUCAACCUUGCAGGCCAUUGCGAUCCUUACACCAAUGGCUGCAUUACUUUGAGCUCUGACAUCAAAUCAUGUCAAGCGAAAGGAAUCAAGGUAAUGCUUUCAAUCGGAGGAGGGGCAGGGAGCAACGUUCUCUUGGAUGGAAUUGAUUUCGAUAUUGAAGGAGGAACCAACGUAUAUUGGGAUGAUCUUGCGAGGUAUCUCUCUGGUUAUAGUAAAAAAGGUAAGAGAGUGUACUUAACUGCAGCCCCUCAAUGCCCUUUCCCUGAUGUCUGGAUUGGGGGUGCCCUUAAGACGGACCUUUUCGACUAUGUCUGGGUGCAAUUCUACAACAAUCCUCCAUGUCAAUACUCAUCUGGGGAUAUCGCAAACUUGGAAGAUGCCUGGAAGCAAUGGACAACAGAUAUCCCAGCAACUAAGAUUUUCUUAGGACUUCCUGCAGCUCCUGAGGCAGCUGGAAGUGGGUUCAUUCCAGUUAAGGAUCUUACUUCAAAAGGUCUUCCAGCAAUCAAGGGUUCCGCAGAGUAUGGAAGGGUGAUGCUUUGGUCCAAGUACUAUGAUGAUCAAAUUGGAUAUAGCUCUUCCAUUGAAAAGGAUGUUUAGAGCAGUUUGAAUUCGAAUGCAUUUUGCUACUCUGUACUUUCUAUCCGUAUAGUCACUAUAUUAAUUAAUACAUAUUAUAUAUAAUAAUUCCUAAAUUGCUUU